UUUGAUCACAGUGGCUGAGCGAGCAGCCGCCGUGACCGUGACGUCGUAAAGCCGUUUUCAGUUUUCAUAGCUUAAUUUAUUUAAAAAAGCACAAUGUAUUAUUAGAAUUGUUGCAAUUUUAACUUUACUAUUUCAUAAUAUAAUAACGGUUAAAGAAAUAGAUUGAUAGUGUUCGAUUAACAUAUUCAUCAUGAACAUAGAUCAACUCUACAGGGCUAUGAGCUCUAUAAAAAUACUACGUUGCAGCGUCGGUGAAGUGUUCAGUACACUGGCUAACGGCUUGUGUGCAGAUCAUGGAGAAGAAGGCAAAGAAACCAAAUUUUUGCUUGAAAUUCAAGAACUCCUUAGUUCAGCCACUCAACAUCUAAGAGAUGUGGAACAGGCCGUGGGGGCCUUAUCAGCUCCUCCAGGUCCGUUUAAUCUGGGUAAUUCAGCCUUCCUGAGCCAGGAAAGCACUCAGGAUAGGCAGCAACUGUACAGCCAAUUGGUACUCACUUAUAAAUGGACUGAUAAGAUUCAUGAAUACAGCAACAUGGCCGUGUCACUUAUGACUCAGAAUAGUUUGAAACGAUCCAACACGAAUUCGAGCACAGCCAAGAGGAAAAAGACUCAAACUAGCAGUCACAAUGUACCACCUCAGACAGUGGACAAUGUGAUCAACUCAAUCGAUCGGCUGUUUCCCGACAUGAAUCUAUCAUUUACUCGGCCAUUCCACACCAAUGUUGUUCUUCAGGUGUCACUGGGCCAUAUCCUGCAGGCGGCUGUGGCAUUCAGGGGGCUGAUGAUCGAGUGGGUGGUGGUGAAGGGGUACGGGGAGUCACUGGACCUGUGGACCGAGUCACGGCACAACGUCUUCCGCAAACUCACCGAGAACGCGCAUGCCGCCAUGUUGCAUUUCUACUCGCCAACGUUGCCAGAUCUGGCGGUUAGAUCGUUCAUGACAUGGCUGCGUAGCUACAACUCUCUGUUCAACGAUCCGUGUAAGCGGUGCAACAAUCAUCUACAGAGCGGUCUUCCCCCCACCUGGCGAGAUCUCCGCACCCUCCAGCCCUACCACGAGGAGUGCAAACCAUGAACACAUUAUCAUCAUCAGUAAUGAGGUUUUCCAUCUCGCUAUCAUCGUGGCAAAUAAAUUAAUCUAUAUUGGAUUGUGUUAUACAGGAUUUUCAAAUAACAAUUUUCCUUAAUUCUCAAUAUAUUUUCUAAAUUAUUUUUUUCUUUUGUGUAAAUUUCAGGUUUUCCAUCUCUUGUGUUAUGCAUCAGUCUACCAGGUACUGUCAGUGGCGAAGAGAACGGAAAUUUUUAAUUUAUACGAGAUAUUUUCACAUUUGUUUGUAAGUUGUAAAAAGUUAUGUCUAGAUCUAGAAUAAAAUUGAUUUUGUACAUUU